AUGCUCUGCACGGCGGUGGUGAUGGCGGGGAGCCUGGCGCUGACGACGGCGGUGGUGGCUCACGCCUAUUACCUGAAGCACCAAUUCUAUCCCACCGUGGUUUAUCUUACCAAAUUCAGCCCCAGCAUGGCCGUUCUUUACAUCCAGGCCUUCGUGUUGGUUUUUCUCCUGGGUAAAUUUAUGGGCAAGGUGUUUUUCGGGCAGCUGCGGGCAGCGGAGAUGGAGCACCUCCUGGAGCGCUCGUGGUACGCCGUGACGGAGACCUGCUUGGCCUUCACCGUCUUCAGGGACGACUUCAGCCCUCGCUUCGUCGCCCUUUUCACCCUCCUCCUCUUCCUCAAGUGCUUCCACUGGUUGGCUGAAGACCGGGUGGACUUUAUGGAAAGGAGCCCCAACAUCUCGUGGCUCUUCCACUUCCGGAUUGUCUCCCUGAUGUUCCUCCUGGGAAUCUUGGAUUUCCUCUUCGUUAACCACGCGUAUCACAGCAUCCUCACUCGAGGAGCCUCCGUCCAGCUCGUCUUCGGCUUCGAGUACGCCAUCCUCAUGACCAUGGUGCUCACCAUCUUCAUCAAAUACGUUCUGCACUCCAUCGACUUGCAGAAUGAGAACCCGUGGGACAGCAAAGCCGUCUACAUGCUGUACACGGAGCUCUUCACGGGCUUCAUCAAAGUCCUCCUCUACAUGGCCUUCAUGACCAUCAUGAUCAAAGUCCACACCUUCCCGCUCUUCGCCAUCCGCCCCAUGUACCUGGCGAUGAGGCAGUUUAAGAAAGCGGUGACGGACGCCAUCAUGUCCCGCCGGGCCAUCCGCAACAUGAACACGCUUUACCCCGACGCCACGCCGGAAGAGCUGCAGGCCAUGGACAACGUCUGCAUCAUCUGCCGUGAGGAGAUGGUGACGGGCGCCAAACGUUUGCCGUGCAACCACAUCUUCCACACCAGCUGCUUGCGGUCGUGGUUCCAGCGCCAGCAGACGUGUCCCACUUGCCGGAUGGACGUUCUCCGAGCUUCCCUCCCGGCACAGCCACCUCCCGAACCGCCGGAGCAAGCUCCACCGCC